UGGAUAAUACCUAUGAAACCGUGGGAAUUCACUCUUUUAAAGUCCCGAGGAACGAGCUCAAGGAGAAGUUUCAGUAGUGCGCGUCACUUCCGGUCCAUCUCACGUGAAAGGAGAAACAGAAACUCGCGGCUGGAAGUUUAGAAAAUUCCGAAGCAGAAGUUAGUGUUACAAUCUACAUCUCGGACCCAAACAACGAUACAUUAAAAUAUUAAGCCGUUAUGUCCCCAAGCACCAAUUACAGAUUCUGUUUUGAAACAAAUGGAGCGUUUACACCUCUGAUUGUGAAAGCUGAUCCGAGAUCAGCAUCAAAAAGUCUGAAUGGAAACCAGACACUCCUGUGACAACAAGGAAACUGCCGCCGCAGACUCUGUUCUUACAACAUAUAAACCUCAACGCGACACUCCACGAUGUUUUAUGCACGUAUUGUUGUAUUAUACAGCUUACUAAGUAUUUGCUCCACAAAUGAAAGUAAAAUAAAACACGCAUCAAAACCGGUGCGUCUGUUUACAGAGGAGGAGUUGCAAAGAUACGAUGGGAGCGAGAAAGGACAACCAAUUUACAUGGCCAUUAAAGGUGUUGUGUUUGACGUCACAACUGGAAAAGGGCUGGAAGAAAGUUCCAGGAGUUAUGAGUUUUAUGGAAAGGGAGCACCCUAUAAUGCCCUUGUUGGCAAAGACUCAACCAGAGCUGUGGCCAAAAUGUCCCUUGACCCAGCAGAUCUCACAUAUGACACUAUGGGCCUCAUGAGAGUCAACUACAGUCUCUUGAGCAGAUAUUCAGCGGCACAUACAAAGCAAAAUACCCCAUCGUGGGAUACACCAGCAGACGUGUUCUCAAUGAGGAUGGAAGCCCCAAUACAGAAUUCAAACCUGAAGACCAACCGAGUUUCACCCUUAAAGAUGAGUUUUGAUGUAUAUACUAAUUGUCUUAUAAUAAAGCUAUCUAAAAGUCCAAAGUCAAAAGUCUGAAUCAUAGUCGUUUGUGACCUUUGUCUUUACUCUUAAGUGGGCAUGUGUAAAUUUGAGGUUG